UGUGCUCAUGAACACGGCCCUCGGACUCGUCUUCGGCGUCCUCUACUUUCAACAAAUUCCCCACGACAACGGCCGCAACACUGCCGGCUACCUCUUCUCCCUCCUUGUCACCCUCCUGAUCGCUUCCUCCAUCGCCGUGUGCAUGAACUUCCCCUUCGACUUCGCCAUUCUCAUGCGCGAGUACUACGCGGGCGUCAACUCUCCCCUGGGAUACUUUCUCGGUCGCACGCUGGCCAGUGAGCCCCCGUCGUUGGCCUUUAUGAUCAUGGGUAUUCUGCCUUACUUUAUGGUCGGUCUCGCGCCGAGCGCCGUGGCUUUUGGAUGGUAUUGCCUCUUGUUUUUCAUCGUCAAUUUUGCGGCACAAUCGAUUGGCUACCUGGCAUCGUCUUUUUCGGCCAACCCGGUCGUGGGUCUAUCAAUCUUGCCCCUCUUCAUUACGCCCAUGAUCCUUUUCUCUGGGAUGCUCUAUGAAAGGAACUCGGUACCUCCAAGCCUAAGAUGGAUCCAGGACAUCUCGGUCAUGAAUUACAGCUUUG